UACUUUAAGAUAUGUGCUGCCUUUUGAAUAGUUUUUAAUGUUUUAAUUUUGAUUUUUCUUUUGUUUUAAAAUAUAUUUACUUUUUAUUCAGAUAUUCUUUUUAAGGGAAGGAUAAAAUCUCUAGAUCAAAUUAAAAUGUGGGAUUUAUCUACUUUCUACAGUAUCAGCAACACCUCAUCCAAAUAUGAAGACUUCAUUUCCAGAAGUGUUCUGAUCCAAUCAGGACCUCCUGCUGUCUACCAGCUGAGACCAAAGAAAGAGAACAUUGGAUCUCUAAGAAGAAUGACUCUCGGUGAAAGAAAUGUGAACAAGAUAAACAAAACCAUCUUGCUUGUGGGUGAAACAGGAUCAGGAAAAUCUACUCUGGUCAACGCUCUGGUCAACUACGCCAUGGGAGUGAAGUGGGAGGAUGAUGUCUGGUUUAAGAUCAUAGAGGACGAGAAGGAGAGACUAGAACAAGAAAGUCAGACAUCAGAUGUGAUGGUGUACCAGGUCUUUGGUUUUGAAGGUGAAACUCUGCCCUACUCUCUGACCAUCAUCGAUACUCCUGGAUACGGAGACACCAGAGGAAUCAAACAGGAUGACAUCAUCAGUAAGAGAUUAUUAGACUUGUUCCGCUCAGGAGAACUUCAUGAGGUUAAUGCAGUGGGUCUGGUGCUGACAGCGAGUGUGAAUCGACUGAGUGACCGAAUGAGGUACAUCUUUGAUUCAGUGGUGUCUCUGUUUGGAAAAGACAUGGAGAAGAACAUUGUUGCUCUCAUCACACACUCAAAUGGUCUGAUACCUGAAAAUGUUCUGAAAGCUCUCGAUUCUGCAAAAGUGAAAUGUGCCAGAAAUGAAAAGAAUCAGCCUGUUUACUUCCUGUUUGAUAACUGCCAGAACACAGAGAGAACACAGGGAAACAAGUCUGUUUUAGAGACUGCAUGGGAAACAUCAAUGAGAGGAAUGAAUGAAUUUACAGCCUUUAUGGAAAAAUCUGGGCCUCAGAAUGUGAUAAAAACUGUUGAAGUGUUGGAUUCACGAACCAGUCUGACAGCCUGCAUCCAAAACCUGAAAGAGAGAGUUGAGUUCACUGAACAAAAACAGAGAGAAAACCAACAGACUCAGGAAGCUCUGAAGAAACAUGAAGAAGAGAUGAAGAGAAAUGAAGAGUUCACUGUAGAAGUUGAUGAGAUCUACAAAGUUAAAGAAAGGAUCAAGAGGAAGGGGCUGUUGUUUAAAGGAGCUGUCUGCUGUACAGUCUGUGAGGAGAACUGUCACUAUUCAUGCACACACAUGGGUCUCAAACACUGUGAGGUCAUGAAAGAUGGCCGCUGCACUUCAUGUACCAGGAAGUGUCCUGUAUCAGAUCAUGUGAAAGAAAAGUGGAUCUAUGUGACCAAGACAAGGAAAGUUCAGAAGACCCAGCAAGAUGUGAAGGAGAAGUAUGAAAGAGGUAAAGCAGGAUGUGAGGAGACAACAAGCCUUUUGGAAACUUUAGAAAAGCAAAUGGAAAAACUUCAGAAAGAAAAAGAUCAGAUGUUGGAAAAGUCCUUCAAACAUGUUGUCAGACUGGAUCAGAUCGCCCUGAAUGUUGAUUCACUGUCCACUCAUGUCCACUUGGACUUCCUGAUUGAGAAGAUGAAGGAGAAAGGAGACGCAGAGAAGGUCCAGAAACUGGAGGAGAUGAAAAGUCGAGAGGAUGAAGGAACCAGAGCAGGACUGCGGUACAGACUAACAGCAGCUAAAGGAUCAGUGAAGUGAGUGAACAACAUGAUU